AUGGAACUCUAUCUGUGGCUUGUUCUCUUGGCAUCAGUGGCAGGUAGUUAUAGUUAUGCGCGCGACUCUCAUGGACUGUCGUAUGCGCACAGAUCAGCGCUCUCAGAAGACUCGAUACUUGUAGCGAACAACAGGAUACGCGUCCCCUUCGGGAGAUCGGUUUUCAUUGAUCCCAUCAACGAUCUGGUGAUUGAAGUGCAGCCGGGAGACAGGUGCAGCUUAAUAGUGCUGGAUAAUGAUCCGCUCUCCCAACGACCGGGGCAUCUUUCCCCCAAAAAGUUCCCGUGUGAAUUCGGACCGAACGAUGUGAAAUACUCGCAUUUGGGCUCCAGGAGCCCCGCCGAGGACAGAGUGCGACUGCAGCUCAGGUACGAUACUCAAACUGAAACCGUCAUCAUACCGUUCAUGCUGGAGAUCGAGGUCCUUUUCACACAACUGGAGAUAGUUACUAAAAAUAUGCCUCUGACUGUAGAUAAACUCCAUGGCAUUAGCAAUUCAAUUGACAGAAGAAUACUGGAAUUUAAAUAUGAUCGAGACUCUGAGCAGUGCGAGGUCACAUCACUGUCUACUAGCAGUGCACUGCCUAGAUAUGGCGAAGUCAUUGAUAAGAGUAAAUUAGAGAAAAUGAUGGACUGUGAUGCUUUUCUCAAAGCUGAUAUUCGCUAUAAGCAUACUUCUAUUCAAAAGUCUCCAAACAGAGACUAUAUUCCAAUGGUCGUGGAGCUGAGAAACAAAGAAAAUAAUUUACUGAAGCAAGAGUUCUUUCAUAUCAUGAUACGGAUAAGAGAAGGCCUGCUAAACCAUCCCCCCAAGCCCAGCUUUGUGGCUAUGAUGAUGAUGGAAAUUGAUCAGUUUGUCAUGACUGCUUUAACGCCUGACAUGUUAGCUGCAGAAGACGCUGAAUCCGAUCCUGAUGAUCUUAUUUUUAACAUCACCACACCUUUCUCUUUUGAGGAAGGUUACAUUGUAAGUACUGAUGAUAGAAAUUUACCAAUAACAUCUUUUUAUCAGCGAGACGUCAAGGAUCUGAAGAUAGCAUAUAAGCCACCGUCUAUGGACUCGGACACGGAGAGAAUAUUUCAGAUUGAGUUUGAAGUAUUGGACACGGAUGGUGGAGUUUCAGAACCUUUUGCUUUCAUGAUUGUUGUAAAGCCCAUGAACACACUUGCGCCGGUGGUGACAAAAAACACAGGGCAGCUUUUAUAUGAAGGUCAGUCUAGACCUCUGUUCACUCAGAAUAAUUUAGAAAUCAGCGAUGAAGACAACCUGGAGAGUGUAAGGAUAACUGUUGUAAAUGGUCUGCGUCAUGGUGAUCUCACCAUACUUGGCUCCAGCACAAAUUUUUUCACACCAGCUGAUCUGCAAGUUGGUAUUGUUGUCUACCAGCAUGAUGGCAGUGAUACGUACAGUGAUAACAUAAUUUUCAGAAUGACUGAUGGCAAGAAUGAAGUGGAGUUUUUGUUCCCUAUUUCAAUUGUUCCAACUGAUGAUGAACCUCCCAUUAUAAAUGCCAACACUGGAUUAGUGGUAUUUAAACACCAAAUAAUUCCCAUUUCACCUUUAAUGCUAAGUGCAGCCGAUAUUGACUCUGAAGAUUCCACAAUAAAGUUCACCAUUGAACCUCCACACUCAACAGUUGGAGAAGUGCUGCUAAGGCAGUCUGAGGCUCCAGAAGAUCCAUCUUCAUGGAAAUUCAAUAUGGAAGACGGUUUAUAUGAGAAAGUUGUGACAGAGUGGCAACAGAAAGACAUAACAGAUGGCAAACUUUUCUACAGACACACAGGGCCCCACAUCACUGAGCCUGUCAGUGACCAGUUUAUCUUUAAAGUUCAGGAUGAUGCUGAUCCUCCAAACCAAUCAGAUGAGAACACUUUCUUCAUUAGGAUUCUUCCUAUUGAUGAUGUUCCACCUGUACUUUUUCUUGGCACUUCUUUACAGAUGACAGUCCAUGAGUAUCAGAUGACUAGUUUUAACAAGAAUGUCCUUCGCUAUACUGAUUUGGAUUCUGAUGACAGAGAUCUAAAAUACAUAAUAACCCAGCCUCCAACUGACACAGAUGAAAGUCGCCCAGUCAGAUUUGGUUCAAUAGUUUUAACAGAGCAUCCUAACACUGAGGUAAGAGAGUUCACUCAAGCACAAGUGAACCAUCAUAAGAUUUCCUACAAUCCACCAGACAUUGAGUUGGGCAUCACAACCCAUGUUGCACAGUUCCAUUUUACAGUUGAAGACACUGCUGGAAAUAGUGUGAAAGGAAUUUGUACCAUAUUGGUGCAACCUGUUAAUAACAAGCCCCCAGAGAUAACCAACACAGGUUUCACAGUCUUUGAGCGAGGUAUGCAUAUUCUUACAAAUGCUGAGCUUGAUACUACUGACCUUGAUACAGAUAGUAAACAGAUUUCCUUUACUUUAAGUCAGAUUCCACAACAUGGGCAAGUCCAGCUUAGCUUUGCAGAUUUGGUUAAAGGGAGGUCAUUUAGCCUACAAGAUAUCUCAGAGGGCAGAAUUUCUUACGUCCACAAUGGGGAUGAGACAACCAGUGAUGCUUUUAAACUGGAUGUCAGUGAUGGUGUCCAUAUUGUACCAGUAACAGUAAGAAUAACAGUGAAACCAGUUGAUGAUGAAAUGCCAACUCUGACUCUGACAGCGGGUAUUCUUGGUUCUCAUCUGUCUGUGUUGGAAAAUGGUGCUGCUGAAAUCACUGUCAGCAUAAUCCAGGGGAAAGAUGAAGACACAGAUGACCUCAGGCUGACCUUUAUUGUCGAGAACGCCCCGUUAUACGGAGAGAUCAUGGUAAAUGGAAUACCUUCUAACAUGUUUACCCAAGCCGAUAUAAUCAAUGGUUUGGUGACGUAUACCCAUUCAAGUGGUGAGAUUGGUCUUUUCUCGAAGCAGGACCAUUUCAAUUUGACCCUAACUGACAUGUCUGACGAGUGGGCUGUAGGAGGAAAUAAAAUCACUGGAGUAUCUGUUCAUGUUUCCAUUCUUCCAGUGGAUAACCAGGCCCCAAUCGUAAAAGUGGUUCCUACAUUCAGUGUCACUGAAGGAGACAAAAACACAAUUGGAGACCACCAAAUAAUUGUUGAUGAUGCAGACACACCCACUGAAGAUAUUUUGUGUACUAUUGUCGUUCAGCCAAAUUCAGGUUAUAUGGAGAAUGUCUCUCCAGCACCAGGCUCUGAGAAGUCCAGGUCUGGCACAGCUAUUAGCGCUUUCAGUAUUAGAGAUAUCAAGGCUGGCCAUAUACACUAUGUCCAAAGCAUUCAUAAAGGAGUUGAACCUGUAGAGGACAGAUUCACGUUCAGGUGCUCAGAUGGUGUUAAUUUCUCAGAGAGACAGUUUUUUCCAAUUGUAAUUAUCCCAACCAAUGAUGAGAAACCAAAAAUAUUUGCAAGAGAGUUUGUGGUGAUGGAGGGAAUGAACGUCAUCAUCGACACACCCAUCCUGAAUGGAGUUGACGGUGAUAUUCCUGCUGAAGAUUUGACUUUUAUCAUUUCAGAACCACCCAAACAUGGAUUUAUUCUUGAUCAGUUGAUCACCGGCUCUCUCCCAGUUACCAACUUUACUUUGGAGCAAAUCAAAGAAGCUUCUAGUAUUAUUUAUGAGCAUGAUGAUUCUGAGACGACAGAAGACAAAUUUAAUGUUAUUCUAACAGAUGGAAAACAUAAAGUAGAAGGUACUGUUAAGAUUAUGAUUAUUGCUGUAGAUGAUGAAACUCCAAGACUGGCCAUUAAUGAUGGUUUGGAAAUUGAGAUUGGGGGGACAAAGGAAAUAGAUAAUAAGAUUCUGAAGGCAACUGAUUUAGACACAGAAGAUAGCACGCUUACAUUUAUAAUUCGAUAUGGACCAGGUCAAGGAAUCCUACAGAAAAAAACAGACCAAGGGUCAUUACAGAACAUUACAGUUGGGAUGAAUUUCACACAGAUGGAACUGGAUCAGGGUCUCAUAUUCUAUACUCACAGUGGACAGGAAGGUAUUCGGGACCUUAUAAAGUUUGAUGUAACAGAUGGUAGUAAUCCACUAAUCGACAGGUAUUUCUACAUUACUGUGAGUAAUAUUGACGCUGUGUUUCCUGAAGUUGUUAGCAAAGGAGUAUCGCUGAAAGAAGGAGGAAGUGUGAUGCUUACCACUGACCUACUCAGAACAAGUGAUCUCAACAGUCCAGACGAAAACCUGGUUUUCACUAUCACCAGAGCCCCUGUCAGGGGACAUCUGGAAAGCACAGACACUCCCGGAAUGCCCAUUGUCUCUUUUACUCAACUUCAGCUGGCUGGAAGUAAAAUCUACUACAUCCAUACUUCAGAUGAUGAAAUCAAAAUGGACAGUUUUGAGUUUGAGGUCACUGAUGGAUAUAACCCUGUUUUUCGCACUUUCCGUAUAUCUAUAGUUGAUGUUGACAACAAAAAACCUGUCUUGACAGUACAUGAACUCCGUGUGUCAGAAGGUCAGUCUAAACUUAUCACACCAUUUGAAUUGACUGUAGAAGAUCAGGAUACUGCAGAGGAAUUCCUGAAGUUCACUGUCACACGGUUGCCUAACCAUGGUAAACUGCUCUAUAACGACAGCCGUCCAAUUACCUCUUUCACAAAGCAAGAUCUGAAUGAGAACCUAAUAAGUUACAAACAUGACGGCACAGAGUCCUCACAAGACAGCUUCUUUUUUACUGUCACUGAUGGAACACACACUGAUUUCUAUGUGUUUCCUGACACAGUGUUUGAAACUCACAGGCCUCAAGCCAUGAAAAUCAUUAUUUCACUGAUAGACAAUGGGGUACCACAAAUUGUGGUAAACAAAGGUGCUCAAACAUUGAAGGUCCUGCCAACAAGCCACCUAGGUUAUCCUAUCACCAGCAAAGUGCUAAAGGCAGAAGACAGGGACAGCAGCCCGGAGACCCUGGUCUUUCACAUCACCACACAAGCAGAGCAUGGCUACCUGAUCAACCUACAGAAAGGGAAUGAUUCCAUCAAUACAUUUACUCAAGUGAACAUUAAUGACCAGCAGAUCUACUAUGUGCUGAAGGAUAAGACCAAUGCCACCAGCGACAAUUUUAUUUUCUACGUUGAAGACAAUGGAGGAAAUAAGAUGAAGGAGCAGCACUUCCACCUGGACUGGGCCUGGAUCUCUUUACAGAACCAGAACUAUGUGGUGGAUGAACAGGCUGGGGUUCUGGAGGUUGUGCUCAGACGAAGAGGGUAUCUGGGGGAAACUUCUUUCGUAGGCAUUGGCACUUUGGAUGGCAGUGCCCAGAAGAACAAGGACUUUCGGGGAAAGUUUCAGAAGCAGGUGCAGUUUAACCCAGGCCAGACCACAGCUACAUGGCGGAUCAAGAUUCUUUCUGAUGGGACGUAUGAGCAGUCUGAGACCUUUAGUAUCACUCUGUCGGAGCCAGUCAUGGGGGUAUUGGAGUCACCAUCAGUGGCGACAGUGGAGAUCGUAGAUCCAGGAGAUGAGUCUACAGUCUUCAUUCCUCAGGCAAGAAUUGUUGUUGAGGAAGACAUUGGAGAGCUUCUGGUCCCGUUACACAGAAGAGGAGAUGUAAGCGAGGAGCUGAUGGUGCUCUGCUACACGCUGCAAGGCUCAGCUACAGGUACAGUCCCCAGCACUGUUCUUUCUUUCUCGGACUACAUCUCCAGACCGGAGGGACAGACCAGCAUUGUGCGUUUUAAAAAAGAAGAGACGGAGAAGCUUUGCCGUGUGGUGAUCAUUGACGAUUCACUUUACGAGCCUGAGGAAAGCUUUAACGUGUCCCUGAGCGUCGUCUUAGGUGGCCGCCUCGGCUCUGAAUACCCCAGCACACACAUCAGCAUCCUGCCAGACAUGGACGAUGCUCCAGUGUUCUACUUCGGUGGUGCAGAAUACCAUGUGGAGGAGAGCCAAGGUCACAUUGAUGUGCAAGUGUGGAGAACAGGAACGGACCUCUCUAAAACAGCCACCGUCACUGUCAGAUCCCGUAAAACAGAUCCAGUGUCAGCUGAAGCUGGAGUGGACUAUGUGGGCAUUAGUAAGAACUUGGACUUUGCCCCAGGGGUUAACAUGCAAACCAUCCGGGUCACAAUUCUGGACGAUCUUGGGCAACCGCUGCUUGAGGGCGCUGAGAAGUUCGAGCUUAUUCUGCGCUUGCCCUCAAAUGCGAUUCUAGGAGAUCCGGCAAAAGCCACAGUCCUAAUUAACGAUUCCAUCUCAGAUCUGCCAAAGAUGCAGUUCAAACAUCACCUUCUGACUGGAGAAGAGAGUGAUAGACGUCUAACAGCUGUAGUCCAGCGCAGUGGAGAUAUCACACAUCAAUCCACUGUGCGCUGUUACACACGCCAGGGAUCUGCUCAGGUGGCCAGUGACUUUGAAGAGAGACCCAACACUGAUGCAUCAGUCAUCACCUUCUUACCAGGUGAUACAGAGAAGUCGUGUGUGUUAACCUUGGUGGACGACUCAGUGUAUGAAGAGGAGGAGGAGAUGAGGCUUGUGCUUGGGAGUGCUACAAGUGACUCUCCAUAUGGAGCGUCUGUAGGCACAAGGAACGAAACAUUUGUCAAGAUUAAAGACAGUGCUGACAAACCAAUUAUCAGGUUUGCUGAGACAAAGUUGAGUGUGACUGAGCCGAAAGAGUCAGGAAAGAUAAGCACUGUGCGGAUCCAUGUGCUUAGAGUCGGAGAUGCCUCCAAAGUGUCCGUGGUGAGAGUGCAUACUAAAGACGGUUCAGCGGUGUCAGGAGAAGACUAUCACCCCAUCUCUCAGGAUGUUGAAUUUAAGGAAGGUGAAAGAGAACAUUUCGUAGAGGUGGAGGUCCUGUUUGAUGGAGCCAGAGAAAUGAGAGAAGCAUUCACUGUCCACCUUAAACCUGAUGAGAACAUGGUGGCUGAGAUCCAGAGGUCCAAGGCCAUAGUGUAUAUUGAAGAGACGAACAGCAUGGCGGAUGUCACUUUCCCCUCACUGCCACAUGUGGUGUCUCUACUACACUAUGAUGAAGUCAGAAGGACUACACACAAUGCUCGCCCACCAGCUGGCUAUCCAGUCGUCUGUGUGACGGCAUGCAACCCCAGGCAUCCAGAAUUUGAGAAAACAGGCUCAAUAUGUGCGAGUGAGCACAUCAAUGACACGCUAACACAUUAUCGCUGGCUUGUCAGUGCACCCACUGGAGCGGAUGGCGUCACCAGCCCUAUGAGGGAAGUAGAUAUUGACACCUUUUUUACCUCCUCCAAAAUAAUCACGCUGGACUCCAUCUACUUUCAAGCCGGGUCACGGGUUCAGUGCGCCGCCCGUGCUGUUAACUCCGAUGGGGACGAAGGCCUGGAGCUCAGCAGCCCCAUUGUAUCCAUAAGCACAGAAGAGGGAAUGUGUCACCCUCAUAAAGUGGGCACAGUAGGUGCUGAACCCUUCUCUGCUAAGCUCCAGUACACCGGCUCUGAGGACCCAGAACAUGCCAACCUCAUCAAGCUUAGUGUCACCAUGCCCCACACAGAUGGCAUGCUCCCAGUGCUCUCUACCCGUGCUCUGUCCAACUUCGAGUUGACUCUGAGUCCGGAUGGAAGCCGCGUAGGGAACCACCGCUGCUCCAACCUUCUGGACUUUGAUGAGGUUCCCACACGCCACGGCUUCCUGACAAAGGCCACUAAGAAUGCAGAACAAGUGGGAGGGAGCGCACCCUACCAAUACAACUCUACCAUGAGGGGCCUGAACACACUGCGCUUCUAUAGAAACCUCAACCUAGAAGCCUGUCUGUGGGAGUUUGUAAGUUAUUAUGACAUGUCUGAGCUGCUCACAGACUGCGGCGGGAGCAUCGGGACCGACGGACAGGUGCUAAAUCUGGUGCAGUCCUAUGUGACUCUGCGUGUCCCCCUGCAUGUCUCCUACGUCUUUCACUCACCUGUGGGUACCAGCGGCUGGCAGCACUUUGAUUUACAGUCGGAGUUGCGGCUCACUUUUGUUUACGACACUGCCAUCUUGUGGAAGGACGGCAUCGGCAGCCCUCCUCAGGCUGAACUGCAAGGAGCACUUUACCCAGCCAGUAUGAGGAUUAAUGAUGUAGGCCGUCUGGUGGUCAACUUCCGCACCAAGGCUCACUUUCGGGGGUUGUUUCUUUAUCUUUGUCUCUUUCAUCCAGCAUCGUCGUUGACCUCAGUGGUCAUAAGUACCGCCCACCCAGGGUUAACCUUUAACCUUUCUUUGGUUAGAACGGAACCCACCUACAACCAGCCCGUGCAGCAGUGGACAUUCACCUCAGAUUUUGCUGUGCGUGAUUACUCUGGAACCUACACCGUGAAGUUAAUCCCCUGCACCACAGCCCUAAACAUCGAGUACUCAGUUCCUGCAGUGUGUGACCCCAGAGAGCCAGUCAUGUUUGACUUGGACAUCAGAUUCCAGCAGGUGAGUGAUCCUGUUGCUGUGGAGUUCAAUCUGAAUACACAAAUGUUCCUGCUUUCAAAAAGAUCGGUGUGGCUGUCCGACGGAUCUAUGGGCUUCGGACAGGAGAGCGAUGCGGCGUUUUCUAAGGGUGAUACAAUCUACGGGCGAGUGAUGGUGGAUCCGGUACAGAACCUGGGGAACUCGUUUCACUGUAAUAUCGAGAAGGUGUAUUUGUGCACUGGAGCAGAUGGAUACGUGCCCAAGUACAACCCUACCAAGUCUGAGUUUGGCUGCUUGGCGGAUUCUCCUUCAUUACUAUACAGAUUUAAAAUAAUUGACAAAGCACAGCCAGAGACUCAGGCUUUACGUUUUGGUGAUAUAAACUUCAACGCCGUCCUGGCAGCAGACGACCCAUCAGCCCUCUCUCUAGUGAAACAGCCCGGCUCAGAUGGGUUCAGACUCGACUCGGAUGCUUUAUUCCAGGUGACAGCCGGCCGAGAGUGGUACAUCCACACCAUUUACACCGUGCGCUCCAGAGAAAAUGCAAACCGUGGGAUCGGCAAAAGAAGCGCGGAGCACCAUUCCUUCGUGGCGCACAACAGCCGUGCCAGGCGCUCUAACCAGGACGUGCCUGCUAUCGCGGAAACGAUUAGUGCCGAGCACAAUCGAGGCACCAACAUCAUGCACAUCGCUCUCGAGCACCAGCAGGCAGCGCAGACUGGAGAGAUUCCUGCUGAAAGCCUGGUACAGCGUGAAAUGGACAGGCAUGGCAGUGAGAAAGAAGCAGUGAUGGCAGCGGGAGUCUCAGUCGGGCUCCUGCUCUUUGGCCUCAUCGUGGCUGUGCUUUUUCUAAUACUGCGGUCGCAGAGCAGACCAGAAGAGGAGGUGAGAAAGAGGUCAGAGAAGGAGGGACUUGCCACCUCAGGCAGCAUGCAGCCUGUUAUGUUAAGGAGUGGUUUUGAAGGCAGCGAUGGCUCUGAAGUGUGACACCUACAGGAUUCUGUACUGAUCAUUGUGUGCCAUCUUGGACGCAUCACAAAGCUGUGUAUGUGAAAUUUAACAAGUGCCUCAGAAAGAUACCGUCCUGUGGAAAAUCCAGCUGCAUCCUAAACAUCUGGAUGAGUAGUUUUGAUUACCUGUGCUAUUCUACUGUAGUAUGAAAGCGAAAAGUACCAUACUUUUACAGAACGGGCCUCUACUAUGUGCUUAAAAUAUAAUUUGCUAAUUAAUGUUUUUAAAAUGUAUAUCCUGAUUCCAAAGGACCAAGGACUGCAGUGGAGUUUACUUUUAUAUCCCAAUUGUUACAUUUUGGCAAAUUUGAUUAAAUUCUGGGGAUAUGUAAUGGGGUACUUAUUUAGAAUAAGACAGACAGGCUAAGGAUAAGCUUAACAGGAAGAUACGGAGGAACAAUUAAUAAUAAUGAAAGUUAAAAAGGGGUAAAAAAAAAAUUAAUAGGAUCAAAUUAUUGGAAUUUACAUUAAGUUUCCGUUUACAGUUUAAAGUAUGAUCAAUAAUAAGUAGCAGAAUAAAUGUCAUCACGUGGUUACAUUAUGUUGGUAGAGCGAAUCCGCUGAUUGUGCACGUAUAUCAAACUGUACUGUAUGAAACACUGAAAGCCUGCUGCGAGUUGUUUACAUAGCUGGAUGUAGUGAGGCAGACACAUAUUUAUGUUGACAUAAAGUGUGCCAUGUUAACAAUGUCGUCUCUUUAUUUUAUCAUGAGCUAUGUAUCUUAUGUAUAUACCGCUGAACUUGAAAUGAUAUUACUGUAUGUAUUAAACAUCUGAAUAGUGUUGAUCCAGCUUUA